AUGGCGUGUGGAUAUAUUCACGUCUGACCCCCUCAAAGCUUGUCUCUCCUGGCCAAGAACAUUGACUUGUGCUGCCACGAACCAUUUGCGCGGUCCAGGCGCCCAAGUGUCAUUUGCUUGUUUCUGCUUGCUUAUAUCUAUACCGUCGGUCUACAGGAUCAUGGAGCAUGACAUUUCUUCUGCUAGCGCCGCCUCGACACCUGGAAACAGCGGAGCAAGUAGACUCCCUCCCUGGGAGGUUACUGAUAUCCCUCGAGUACCACACAUGAGCAGUUCGGCUUCACCACUAUCUGGAGCAGAAAUGAGAGCCUUGUCAUCUUUUUGGACGACUACAACAACACCAGCGCAACCCCCAAACUCUAAUAUGGACCAAAGGUUUCCAGACUCGGCAUUCUCGUCACCGUCUCCUCCAUCGCGGGCCGAAACUGGAUCAUGGUCGGAAAGGAAGCAAUCCUUGACAGGUAGCACACGAGCGUUGUCACCCCAACGCAGCGAGCACAGGCAUAUGAAUCCGGCAUAUGAUCAGGUACACGGAGAUGGUCCUCCUAAUGGCCGGCAACACGUGGUCGCUCUGCCCGGAACCAUGUCAAGUCGUUCCACUCUUGAACAGCCCCAGUCGACCAGCUCUAAGAAGAUCUCCAAUAAACGCCAACACAAGAAAGGUUCGAAGGGUCCCAAAGAGUCUGCACCAAUUGGCCAUCGUUUCACCUCCGCAGUGAAGGAGCUCUUCCGGAAGGAGCCUGUCGAUGAUAGGCAAUUUGAGCGAAUCGGUGAACGACACUGGUCGGAGGACUGAAGAGCACGCUAUCGUUUGUUCAACGAACCAACAUGCCUGAGCCGGAUUCGACGUCCGAAUCCCACCACCAAGUCCCCGAUAUGCAUUUUCUCUAGCGUGUUACUCACAACAACAACAACAACAACAAAGAGUCACACUGCGUCUCGUCACCACUGGGCGCUAGGGGUAACCAACGAGGUGGAGGGAGCACCUCUCUGAUCUAAGAUGUGACUGAGAAAAAUACCGCUAGAAGGUAUGCAACUUCAAAGAUUGAGUUGGACCCAUGUAUAUAACCACUUCUAAGAGCAGCAGUCGGGAUUGCCCUGCGGUACGGCUUGCUUGACCGAAUCACGAUUUUUUUGUGGUAUU